AUGUCGUUCAUGAAAGGAGAUUUACUUACUAAAACCAGAAAGCUGGUCAAAGGCUUGGCCAAGGCUGAGCCUGUUUGGUACAAAGCCAUGGAACAAGCACCACCUCCAACAUUUCCUCGUGAUGAUGCAAUUCAGAGGAUCACUCUCCUAGAGGAUGUUUACAUAAAAAAGUUUUUUAAGAAGCAUCCAGAUUCCAAACAUGAAGACGCAAUCAAUUUUUUUGCUUUUGAUCCUGCUCCAGUCUGUAUAUUUGGUCAUCGGGUGCUUGAGUUGAAGGAGCAGGGGGUUUCUGAACAGGAAGCAAUGGCGGUAGCUGAUAUGGAAUACCGGGCAGAGAUAAAGGCAAAGAAGAAGGUGAUAGAAGCAUUUUAA